AUGUCAGUAGAACUAGGAUUUGUCGAAACACCAGAAGGAUCCCUUACGGCUGACAAGUUUCCGAGCAAAGUCGGUGGAAUUCCGGCGUGGCUCAACCCAGAGUUCAUUCUGCCAGUUGAGAAAGUCCGAUGUGGUGUCUGUGAUAAGCCAAUGAUUCUACUGUUACAGCUAUAUACACCUGAGGAUGAGCCGCCUGAAGCUUUCCACAGAAUGGUGUAUAUAUUUAUAUGCAGUGUAGGAAUAUGUCACAAGACUAAUUGGCAGAAGAGAAGUCAAUUGCCCAAAGAUAAUUUAUAUUGGCCUUUAUCCAACUCAUCUGAGGUGGAUGAUUCAAACCAACCUAUAACAACUUAUCAUGCUGCACGUCAAUGUGUUGUUUGUGGUCUCCAUGGAUCAAAAACAUGUGGCAAGUGCAAGGCAGUAUAUUAUUGCUCAAGAGAGCACCAAACUAGUCAUUGGACAAUUGGCCAACAUAAGUUGCAUUGUGGAGCAACUGAUUUAUCAGCUGAAGAAAUCGCUAAUGGAAUACAGUUAUGCAGAAAUGCAGUACUAUUUCCUGAAUAUGAAAUAGUAACCGAGUCAGAAUCACUGUCAGAUUCUGAAGAACAGGACACUUUGGCUGAGAGUUCUUCAUUAAACAAUUCACAAGCAUUAGUUCCAGUUGGUGAUGAAGUUUAUGAGAAUUCUAAUGUUGAUGUGGAUAAGGCUUUUCUUAAGUUUCAGAAGAGGAUAUCUUUCCAACCUGACCAAGUUGUAAGGUAUGCAAGAUUAGAGUAUGAUACAGAUACUGAUCCAUUAUGGAUAAGUGACUAUGGAAAACCAACUGACAAUGAUUUACCACCAUGUGAGCAUUGUGGGCAACAAAGAACUUUUGAAUUUCAGAUUUUGUCUACUCUAUUGAAUCAUCUUAAGAUUGAUAAUACAAGAACUGAUUCUCUUGAUUGGGGUAGUCUAUUAGUCUACACAU